UCCAAACCUCUUCCCAUCAGCCUGCUCUAGCCAGAUUUGGAAGGCCACAGAGCUCUUCCCUGGCCCAUGGGACGGCCUCCCUUCCCCUGAUAAUAUCAUGCAAGUCCCAGUGUCCUCUCUGCCUAAGAAGCCCUUCUUCACUGCUGCCUUCAAAAUUUAACCUCUCUCGAGGCCUUAAAGCUGAAGGUCUUGUUGUGAGACAGCCACUUCCUCCACACAGUCCACCCUGCUCCGCAGUCACCUGCUCACAGCUCUGCGUCAAGGCCACACCCUAUGGGGUUUCAGAGUACAGUAACGGGGGGAAAAUGAUUAGAAGAAGAUCAGAGGUCACCCAGCAAAACUCUUAAAGGGUGACUGUGUGCACAUGCCCAGUGCCUGAGUUUGGUUGCUUGGUGACUGGUGGACCGACAUCUUAGUGCUGGCUGAGCUAGAGCACUUGGGCCUAUGGCAUGGACGGGGCUGGACAACUCCCCUAGAACUUGGCUCCAGGCAACUUGGGGAGAGGUCACCUUUCUGAUCCCUGCGUCUGCCCCUAAGUGCUAGUCCUAGGGGCCAGACUCCAUGGACCAGCCAGAGGCCUUCUGCUCCAGCACGGAGUCCCGCGCGGCUGCCGCGCGAGAUCUCCUCCAGGCGGCGCUCGAGGACCUGAGCCAGGAGCAGCUGAAGCGCUUCCGCCUCAAGCUGCGGGAUGCGCCGCUGGACGGCCGCAGCAUCCCGUGGGGGCGGCUGGAGCGCGCGGACCCCGUGGACCUCGCGAUGCAGCUGACCCAAUUCUACGGGCCAGAGCCUGCGCUGGACGUGACCCGAAAGACCCUGAAGAGGGCAGACGUGCGCGACGUGGCGGCGCGACUCAAGGAGCAGCGGCUGCAGCGGCUCGGCCCCAGCUCCUCCGCUCUGCUCUCCGUGUCUGAGUACAAGAAGAAGUACAGAGAGCAUGUCCUGCAGCAGCAUGCCAAGGUGAAGGAGAGGAACGCCCGCUCGGUGAAGAUCAAUAAGCGCUUCACCAAAUUGCUUAUCGCGCGCGAGAGCGCCACGCUGGUGGACGAGGCUCCGGGGCUCGCGGAGCACGAGGGGCCAGAGCGCGCUAGGCGCUCGGACACCCACACCUUCAACCGCCUCUUCGGCCGCGACGGAGAAGGUCAGCGGCCUCUGACUGUCGUGCUGCAGGGCCCGGCGGGCAUCGGCAAAACCAUGGCGGCUAAGAAAAUCCUGUACGACUGGGCGGCAGGCAAGCUGUACCACGACCAGGUGGACUUCGCCUUCUUCUUGCCCUGCCGCGAGCUGCUGGAGCGACCCGGCACGUGCAGCCUGGCCGGCCUGAUCCUAGACCAGUGCCCCCACCGCAGUGCGCCUGUGCGGCAGAUGCUCGCUCGGUCCGAGCGGCUGCUCUUCAUCCUGGACGGCGCGGACGAGCUGCUGCCACCGCCGGGACCCUCCGAGGCCGCGCCCUGCACAGACCCCUUCGAGGAGGCAGAUGGCGCGCGGGUGCUGGGCGGCCUGAUGAGCAAGACGCUGCUGCCCAACGCCCGCCUGCUGGUGACCGCGCGCGCCACCGCCCCGGGGAGGCUGCAGGGCCUCCUGUGCUCACCGCAGUGCGCGGAGGUGCGCGGCUUCUCCGACAAGGACAAGAAAAAGUACUUCCACAAGUUUUUUCGAGACGAGUGGAUGGCGGAGCGUGCCUACCGUUUCGUGAAGGAGAAUGAGACGUUGUUUGCACUGUGCUUCGUGCCCUUCGUGUGCUGGAUCGUGUGCACUGUUCUGCGACAGCAGAUCGAGCUCGGCCAGGACCUGUCGCGCACCUCCAAGACGACCACGUCCGUGUACCUGCUUUUCAUCGCCAGCGUCCUGAGCUCGGCGCCUGCGGCAGAUGGUCCCCAGAUGCAGGGCGAGCUGCGCAAGCUGUGCCGCCUGGCCCGUGAAGGCAUCCUCCAGCACAGGGCGCAGUUCGCGGAGGAGGAUCUGGAACGACUGGAACUUCGGGGCUCUAAAGUCCAGACGCUGUUUCUCAGCAAGAAAGAGCUGCCAGGCGUGCUGGAGACAGAGGUCACCUACCAGUUCAUGGACCAGAGCUUCCAGGAAUUCUUCGCUGCGCUGUCCUACCUGCUGGAGGAUGAGAGGGAUCUCAGGGCACCGGCUGAAAGCGUAGGGGCGCUUCUGCGGGGGGACACCGAGCUGCGCUGCCACCUCACGCUCACCACGCGCUUCCUCUUCGGGCUGCUGAACACAGAGCGGAUGCGCGACAUCGAGCGCCACUUCGGCGGCGUGGUUUCAGAGCGCGUGAAGCAGGAUGUCCUGCGGUGGGUGCAGGAAAAGGGCCAGGGCCGCCCUAGGGCGGCGCCUGAGGGGACCGAAGAGACCGAAGCUACGGAAGGCACCGAGGAGCCAGAAGAGGAGGAGGGCGAGCUCAACUACCCGCUGGAGCUAUUGUACUGCCUGUACGAGACGCAGGAGGGCGCCUUUGUGCACCAGGCCCUGCGUGGCUUGCCUGAGCUGGAGCUGGAGCGAGUGCGCUUCAGCCGCAUGGACCUGGUCGUCCUGAGCUACUGCAUAAGGUGCUGCCCCGCCGGGCAGGCACUGCGGCUGGUUAGCUGUGGACUGGUCCCCGCACAGGAGAAGAAAAAGAAGAAGAGCCUGAUAAAGCGACUGCAUGGCAGCCUGGGCGGCAGCUCCAGUUCACAAGCCACCAUGAGAAAACCCCAGGCCUCUCCACUACGUUCACUCUUCGAGGCCAUGACUGACCAACAUUGUGGUCUGAACAGCCUGACGCUGUGCCGCUGCAAACUGCCUGACUCGGUCUGCCAAGACCUCUCUGAGGCCCUGAGGGAGGCCCCCGCCCUGAGAGAGCUGGGCCUCCUCCACAACUGGCUCAGCGAGGCAGGCCUGCGUGUGCUGUGUGAGGGCCUGGCCUGGCCCCAGUGCCGGGUGCAGAAGCUCCGGGUGCAGCAGCCCUGCCUCCAGGAAGCGCUUCAGUACCUCAUCAGCAUGCUCAGGCAGAGCCCAGCAUUGACUACCCUGGAUCUCAGUGACUGCCAACUGUCGGGACCCAUGGUAACCUACCUGUGUGCGGCCCUACAGCACCCAGGAUGCCGCCUACAGAGCCUCAGUCUGACCUCCGUGGAGCUGAGCGAACAGUCACUGGAGGAGCUGCAGACAGUGAAGACGGCAAAGCCAGGUCUGGUCAUCACCCACCCGGCACUGGACAGUCCCCCCGAGCCUCCCACCGGAUUCAGCAGUGCCCUCUGAGGCCCCGAAGGCCAGUGGGAGGACUCUAGUCAGCCCUACGGAGUAGACUUCCUCAUCCCAAGGGCAGGAGGAUGUUGCUCUCAGCUCUGGUCAGUUCUUUUGAGCCUGAGGAGCUGGGGGCAGGCAGAUGGGAGGCAAGGACACACAGGGUCCCUUACCUGGCCAGGGACAGGUCCCAGGACAUGCCCCUCCCCUCACGCCCUGGGCACAGGUUACAUCUCUGUCUUUCACACCCAGGGACCUCUCCUCCACCCACCUUCCUCUCCUGAGGCCCUCUAGCCUUCCCCCUGCAGAUGCCUCCAGCAACAAUAAUGACGCUGAGAGCUCCCAGGCAUCAAGCACCUACCAUGUGUUGGCCUUUACCUGGUUGUGUUCAGUGCAGAGCGACCCCUCCACUGAUCCCAUCCCCAUCUGCACUAUGGGCCCCACAGCCCCAACAACUCUGCCCCUGGUCACAGGGGAUCGAGCAGGGGCUGACCCCUGACCAAAGGUGGGCAGGUCACCAUUCCACCCUAGGAAUUUGGGUCUUGGCAUUGGGAGCAAAGCCAUCCCUGAGGCUGUGUGUGCCCAGUCCAGAGGGGUCCAUUCACUAUCUAGGUCUUCAGGGAUGGAGACCAGGGGAGAGGGGAGGUAGAGCAGCAGCUGGGACUCUGGGUGGGAGCUGUGAUGGCACGGCUGGCUGCCCCCCACCCCAUGCACUGAUAAUACAUUCUCCUUUGGAUUCA